UAUCACAUUGUUUGGCUAGCACGUACCGACAAAUGCAUCAAAAAUAGACAGGCUCAAUUUCGUUGAUACCGGUCAAAUGAAAUCAAUAACUAGCAAUUUACGGGCUCGAACACAUAACGUUAUCUAACACUACGCGCUUGCUGACGUUACAUUUCAAGUGCCACUGGCUAGUGGCUAGCUGGCUAAUUCCAUCGGACACAUUAGGUUUAUUUUUAUUUUUUUGCUGCAUUGUGAGCCUGUUAGCCUGCUAGUAGCACCGUUGCAAAUGUUCAACAAAACCUCAGCACAUAUGAUAAUGCAAAUCUGAACAAAAUAAUACCGCUUUCAUACCCUUAACAUUGUUACCCUUUCUAGUAACGCGCUACGGGAUAUAUUAUAAUUCUGUUAAAUGCUAGUUUUUUGUUUGUUUUGUGCACACCAGGUUAAAAAAAGUAAAACAAAAUUAGAGAGAGUGCAGGGGAUGUUAAAAAAACCCAAGGGACUACCUCCCGAUAGGGAUCUUAGUUAAGCUAACCACGAUGCUGCGCGAAUAUUACAAGCACAACAACAUCGGAUUCGAUACUCAGACUUUGUAGAAUCCGGAACCUUCAUUUUCCCCCAGUCAGGUAUAGCAUUUAUGCUUGUUGCUGCACAAGAAUUCCCUGAGAAUCCAGAGGAAGCAGGUCUCUUUGAAAGGAUUAAGACGUUUCUACAGAUUCACAGAAAUAGCUUUAUUCUGUUGCUAGCCUCACUCCAUAGGAAGAAAGAGUGGGAGAUACUUUCCACAGUUCAGCAAAGGUUUUUUGGCGGCAAUCUCCGGAUCCUUCCAGUGCAUAAUAAUGCUGAGAUGGUAAAGGGCAUGCUUACCAUUGCCAAGGCUACCAGCAAGCCCCAUGUGGUGACCGUGCGGGAUCGGAUGUCCCUGGCGCGGGCCCACGUCAUCGAGCGCAGCCCUGUGUGGGAGAUGCUGCGAGAUAUACGGCGCAGUGGGAGGUUCGAGCUCCCUGGCGAGAGGCCAGCAGAGAGGCUUCAGGCCUUCUUAAACGCCAACGCCUGCCCGACUGCGGGAGCCACUUGGGGUAAGCGCUUCAAUGGAUCCACACCUCCUGCGCCGGAGCAGCUAUCACCACAGCCCACUUGCCCCGUGUCCCUUUUGUAAAUCGCCAUUUUGAUGGCAGUUAACCUGUGUCUGGUUGUUCUCGAUCAAUACUUACAGAGCAGGGGCCUUAAUUGACAUGGAUAACCACCUCCUGCUUCCCAGGGAUGUAGGCAGGGAGAGACACCUUCUGUCUGGCACUGAUCAAUAUCGGCUGUGUUUCGGGCCGGGGCUCUGAGGUGCUGCUGAUGGAGCUUCCAACUGGUGUAGGCCUGGGUUUCCCCCAGCAAUGAAGAGCUGGGGAUGUUGCAUGCGAGCUGCCUGUCAAAGUGAUUUCAUCAGCCGUCUCUUACAAGCGCUCGCCGCUGUAGCUGUGACACGAACGCAGGGGGGUGGGGGUGGCACACUGUGUUUUGGGUUCCGGCGUCUUGUUUGAAGUGAUGCAGCCUUUUAGCCAUUUCUUUUAUCUGCUGAAGUGCUUGCUUGAGUGCUCAAAUUCCUGUUUCACCUGCCAAAGAUGUCUCCCCUCAAGCCCAUGUCACCUCAAGCCCAUGGAAUAUCUUUACUCUCAUGUAAGCCUGACAGUGUUUAUUUUAACUUCUAAUGAAUGCCAAUAUUUUCUUGGUAUAGGGAUUUACUAAAGAACUAAAAUAGAAUCAAUUGUAAUUGCAUGUUGGUAGAGAUAUGUUUAAACUGAAUCCUUAAUCUGUGAUGUAUAUUUUGUGCACAAAUAAUAGAGGAAAUCCAAAUAGGCAUUCAACACACAGCUGUUUCUGUAAAAUGGUAAAACAUACAGUAUAUGCAUGUAAAUACCAUGAAACUGUACUUUUAUCUCACAUUCAUCUUUUGAUCUAAAUCCAAAUACCUGAUUUACAUAGCAAAAAUAACUUAUUUUUCCAUACUUUUGGAGGGCUCUGUAUGUAACAUAAAUAGUAACAGUUUGCUAUCAAGCAGGGAUAUAAUAUGUUAUAGACUUUUGUCUUAUAGUUUGUCACAGGAAUGAUUUAUAUGACAUUAUGACGGCUGUUAUAAGCAUAAUAUGUGUUUCUUUACAUUUACAAAUAUUUUGUGUCACAUGUUUUAUUACAUAAUUUAAUUUGGUAACCAAGAAAUAUUUUUUCACAAUGCCUAUCGCAGUCACCAGGCUUGAAUAAAAUUAAUAUGAAAGUUUUAUCAUGUAGGAUCAGGCAUGGAAAUAUAUUUAGUUUAAAAUGUUUUUUUAAUCAUGUUAGACAUUACAUUCAGUAGGAAGACUGCAUCAUAACACAUUGCAUAACAGUAUGUCAGUAUGUCAGAAUGUCUGCCUCAUGCUUAUCCUAAGUAACAGACAAUGCUUUUGCAAUACAUCUUCACUGUUAAGCAACAACCAUACAAUGUUACAUUGUGAUAAUGUCCUUUGUUAUCUGUGAUGCAAGCUGGGAUGCAACUAUGUGGCUGGAACCUGGUCUUCCCAUUAUCAUGAAUGUUUUAAACCCAGCCAGCAGUUUGAAAGGGCUACAUUGAAUAACCACAAAAGAUAUCAACCCAGAGUGACUUCCUCCCAUCAUUGUCUUAAAGAGGAAGAACACCCUUUUCCCUUGUUUGCCCGAUGAAGUACACCAAUGCAAUACCAAUAUAGGUGGUGUGAUUCUGGUAUUAAAAAUCAUAUCCAUGUGUUGCAUGAUGAAAUAUAGUGUUAUGUAGGGGUAGGGGUUUAUAUAUAAUAUAGGGGUUUUUCUAUACUUAUAUAAAAAGAACCAGUCUUCACAGCAGGGGUGUCAAACUGAUUCCCAAGGAUGUGGCAGUGUCUGUGGGUUCUUGUGGUUUUCUUUCAAACAACUGCUAAUUAAGGCCAUGAGAACAAGGUUUGUGGCUUCUAGGGAGAUGCCACUGUUUGUAUAUGUCUCUGUACUUGUUUAACCAACAAAAUUAUUUGUAUUCAUAUUUGUAUUCGAAUAAAAACCAGAAGUGGGCGUCGUGUAAAACCAGAAACUGGUGGAAGCUGUAUAAAAUGCCAAAAAAAACAAUUCUCUCAGGGAUGACUAAUUUGUUAUCAAUCCUUUGUUCUUAAAAAAUCCUUUGUUCUUAAAAGCACCCCUGAGAGGAUCAAAUACAAUAACCACAAUAGCAACAACAACAGCUGAAUUAAUGCUCUUCCCAUAAUCUCUCAUUGUGAACUGAAAUCUGGUAAACUGUUAAGGCCCAUCAGGCAAUGCACAUUUCAGUGGCUUUCAGGAUUUUGUGAAUCUCAUUUCAGGGUUUUUUUUUUAUUUUUUAUUUUACCUGCACCCCACAGGCCCAGUC